ACGCUGCAAUGUCUGCCGAGGUUUAUAUAUAAAUAUGGGAGGACGGACGUCUCAGAGCGUAUGAGAAACUAUAUAACUAUAUGAUUCCUUAUCUCCAUUAAAUAUUAAAAGACAGAGGAGGAGUCACUGCCCCCGGGGGCCGCCCCCAAACCGGGGUCACAUCAGGACGACAAGUGCAAUUUAUUGGCCUUGGGGAGGAGGGAACCAAGAAGAUUCUCCUACAUUUCACAGUCCUCCUCCACAUCAGGAUAAGUGCAACAUCAUCUCUGCCUGCUCAUCUAGAGAAACCGUAAAGUAAUUAAACAUGACAAACGACUGGAAUAGUGUACCCAAUGGGAUGGAGACGAAAAGCCAAGCUAAGGAUGUCGGAGACGUUCAGGUGGAUAUCGCAGACCCCAACCCAGCAAAAAGGAAUAAAAAAAGUUUUUUCUCUGGAUCGAAGGAAAAGGAAAAAGUAGAAAAACCAAAGAUGAUCAGUCCCUUCACAAUGUUCCGAUAUUCUGGAGGAGUAGAUAAACUUCUUAUGUUGGUUGGCACAAUAGCAGCGAUGGCCCACGGUGCCGGCCUGCCACUCAUGAUGCUGGUCUUUGGAGAUAUGACGGACACCUUUGUUGAUACUGGAAAAAAUAUGACCAUGGAAUCCAUGAUGAAUGCGACCAUUGUGCUAGAGGAUAAAAUGACCACGUAUGCCUAUUAUUACUCGGGGUUAGGAUUUGCUGUGCUACUUGCUGGUUAUAUCGAGAUCUCAUUCUGGACACUGGCUGCUGCCCGACAGACCAAGAAGAUAAGAAGAAAUUUCUUCCAUGCGGUGCUGAGGCAGGAGAUCGGCUGGUUUGAUGUCAAUGAUGCUGGAGAGCUGAACACCAGGCUGACCGAUGAUGUCCAAAAAAUCAGUGAAGGCAUUGGAGAUAAAAUAGGCCUGCUGCUCCAGUCAUUGACUACUUUCCUGACCGGACUUAUUAUCGGCUUUAUUAAGGGCUGGAAGCUGACCCUGGUCAUCCUGGCCAUCAGCCCUGCUAUGGGACUUUCUGCGGCUCUUUGGGCAAAGAUAUUGUCAGCAUUUACUAACAAGGAGCUGACGGCUUACGCCAAAGCUGGAGCGGUGGCCGAGGAGGUUCUUUCAGCCAUCCGGACGGUUAUAGCCUUUGGGGGACAAGAUAAGGAAAUUAAGAGGUACGUCAAGAAUUUAGAGGACGCCAAAAAGAUAGGCAUCAGGAAGGCCAUCACAGCUAACGUGUCAAUGGGAUUUGCCUUCUUGAUGAUAUAUGCGUCCUAUGCCUUGGCCUUCUGGUACGGCACCACUCUUAUUAUAGAUGGAGACUAUACUAUUGGGAGCGUGCUAACUGUUUUCUUUGCCGUCAUUAUCGGAGCUUUUACUCUUGGACAAGCAUCACCCAAUAUCGAAGCAUUUUCAAAUGCCAGAGGAGCGGCGUAUACAGUGUUUAACAUUAUAGACAAUGUGCCCAAAAUAGACAGCUUCUCUACUGCAGGGUUCAAACCUGACAAGAUUAAGGGAGACAUACAAUUCAGAAAUGUGAAGUUCACCUAUCCCUCCAGACCUGACGUCCAGGUUCUGAACGGUUUGAACCUUACGAUUCCCAGUGGUCAGACGGUGGCCCUUGUGGGGAGCAGUGGUUGUGGAAAAAGUACAACGGUCCAGCUCAUUCAGAGAUUCUACGAUCCAAAAGAAGGCAUGAUCACUAUUGACGGACAAGAUAUUCGUAAUCUGAAUACCAGAUACUUACGAGAGAUCAUCGGUGUGGUGAGCCAGGAGCCCGUCCUGUUUGAUACCACUAUAGCUGAGAAUAUCCGCUAUGGCCGGGAAGAUGUAACCAUGGAAGAAAUCGUACAAGCCACCAAGGAAGCCAAUGCCUAUAACUUCAUCAUGAAGCUUCCAGAUAGAUUUGACACUCUUGUGGGAGAGAGAGGAACACAGCUCAGCGGAGGUCAGAAGCAGAGAAUCGCCAUUGCCAGGGCACUCGUUCGCAACCCUAAAAUUCUCCUUCUGGAUGAAGCCACAUCUGCCCUGGACACCGAGAGCGAAGCUGUGGUCCAGGCAGCUCUAGAUAAGGCCAGAGAAGGCCGGACGACUAUUGUCAUUGCCCACCGAUUGUCAACAAUCCGGAACGCAGACACCAUUGCUGGAUUUUCUGAAGGUGUCAUCACUGAACAAGGAUCCCAUGCAGAACUCAUGAAACUAGAGGGAAUUUACUAUAAGCUGGUCACAAUGCAGACUGUAGGUGCGGAGGAAGAUAAGAGAAGUCUAAUGGAAGGCAAUAUCUAUAAAAACACCCCGGACUAUGCAGAACACACCGAUACCAAGCUAGUGAGGAGGAAGUCAAGUCGUCACGCCAGUGUCAAGAAAUCACCUGAGGAUGAAGAAAAAAAAGCAGAGAAAGACAAUGAUGACAAGAGGAUUGAAGAGGUUCCACCAGUCUCUUUUUUCAAAAUCCUGAGAUUGAACAAACCCGAAUGGCCGUACUUUGUAGUUGGACUUAUUUGUGCUGCUAUAAACGGUGCCGUGCAACCAUCCUUUGCUAUUAUAUUCUCCAAGAUUAUUGGGGUAUUUGCCGGCCCUGAGAAUGAGAUGAGAUCCCAAAGCAACCUGUAUUCCCUGUUAUUUCUGGCUUUGGGGGGUAUAUCCUUUGUGACACUUUUCCUCCAGGGAUUCACAUUUGGAAAAGCGGGAGAGAUUCUUACGAUGAGACUCAGGCUGUUCACCUUCAAAGCCAUGCUGAGACAGGAGAUUGGCUGGUUUGAUGACAAGAAGAAUAGCACUGGUGCUUUAACUACAAGACUGGCUACUGAUGCUUCCCAAGUCCAGGGGGCGACCGGAUCCAGACUGGCCCUGAUGGCUCAGAACAUUGCAAAUUUGGGCACUGCAGCGAUAAUAUCUUUCAUUUACGGAUGGCAGCUAACCCUCCUUAUCUUGGUCAUUGUACCAAUCAUUGCUGUCUCUGCGCUGCUUCAGAUGAAAGCUUUUGCCGGACAUGCGAAGAAGGACAAAGCGGAACUCGAAGUAGCUGGAAAGAUCGCCACUGAUGCUGUAGAAAACAUUCGCACUGUGGUCUCACUAACACGAGAGAGAAGGUUUGAGGCCAUGUAUGAGGAAAAACUGGUGGGACCCUACAUGAAUUCUAUGAAGAAGGCGCACAUUCAUGGACUGACUUUUGGACUAUCCCAGGCAAUCAUGUUCUUUGCUUAUGCCGGGUGUUUUCGGUUUGGGGCUUGGCUGGUAGCAAAUGGUCACAUGACUAUGGAGGAUGUAUUCUUGGUAUUUUCAGCCAUUGUAUUUGGUGCUAUGGCUUUGGGGGAGACCAGUACCUUUGCUCCAAACUAUGCUAAAGCCAAGACGUCAGCAGCUCAUAUAUUCAAUCUGCUGGAGAGGACUCCUCUUAUAGACAGCUACAGCGCUGCCGGCCAUAAACCUUCGAGCUGUGAUGGGAACAUCAUAUUCCGAGGAGUCCAGUUCCAUUAUCCAACAAGACCAGAUGUGACGGUGCUUCAAGGACUGGACAUCAGCGUGAGCAAGGGAGAGACCCUGGCACUGGUGGGCAGCAGCGGGUGCGGGAAAAGUACCACAGUCCAGCUUCUGGAGAGAUUCUAUGACCCGUUUGAUGGCGAAGUGAGUGUGGACGGCUCUGACGUGAAGGCUGUGAACAUCCAGUGGCUCCGGGCACAGAUGGGCAUUGUAUCCCAGGAGCCCAUGCUGUUUGACUGCAGUAUAGCGGACAAUAUCGCCUAUGGAGAUAACAGCCGGGUGGUGCCGUUUGAAGAGAUUGAAAGAGCGGCCAAGGCGGCCAAUAUCCAGAGCUUCAUUGAAUCGCUCCCAGAUAAAUAUAACACCCGUGUCGGAGAUAAGGGGACGCAGCUCUCCGGGGGUCAGAAGCAGAGAAUCGCCAUAGCCCGAGCGCUGGUCCGUCAACCCAAAAUCCUGUUACUUGAUGAGGCCACAUCUGCUCUGGAUACAGAGAGUGAGAAGGUUGUACAAGAAGCUCUGGACAAAGCCCGGGAAGGCCGCACAUGUAUCGUCAUCGCCCACCGGCUGUCCACCAUUCAGAACGCAGAUAAAAUCGCCGUCAUCCAGAAUGGGAAAGUGGUAGAACAGGGGACACAUCAGCAGCUCCUGCAGAUGAAGGGGGCGUAUCAUUCACUGGUCACAAUACAGCUCGGACCCACAUGACAAGACCGGACCCUGUCACCCCCAUCAGGGGAAAUAUGAGAAACCAAAGACUAUUAAAGGGCCAGUACUAUAGACAGUGCCCGACAAGCCGGACCAUACUGGGCGCUGAUCUCUCUCUCUCUCUUUAUUACCGUCCUACAAUAACUAAAUGUAAAAUUACAAAAAUGUACAAUAUGUUAAGGUGCCAGAAUCGGGAGCUGGGGAGAGAGCGGCACCACGUGAUGUGGGAACUUAUCUUUUACUAUAUCAUAGCUAGAAAUACCAAAGAUUUUGUUUAUUCCUUGUGGUGUUUCCCAACCAGUGUGCCUCCAGC